AUGGCUGAUUAUGAAGGAAAGGCAGUUGCUACUGAUGUCACCUCAGGAUCUAUGAUUUUUGAGCCUGUCAUUGAGGAUGGACUUCCUGUCGGGACCUCUCUCUAUGGAACUGGGGAAGUUAGUGGGCAACUUGAGCGGACGGGGAAAAGAGUUUUUACUUGGAACACGGAUGCAUGGGGUUAUGGUUCUGGAACUACAUCAUUGUACCAGUCACAUCCUUGGGUUCUAGCUGUUCUUCCAACUGGAGAGGCAUUGGGAAUUCUCGCUGAUACAACACGACGCUGUGAGAUUGAUCUGAGGAAAGAAUCGAUGAUACAGUUCAUUGCUCCAUCCUCUUAUCCUGUCAUUACAUUUGGUCCAUUUCCCUCACCCCAGGCUGUUUUAAUAUCUCUAUCUCAUGCAAUUGGGACUGUAUUUAUGCCCCCAAAGUGGUCGUUAGGCUAUCAUCAAUGCCGUUGGAGCUAUGACUCUGAUAAGAAAGUUCAACAGAUUACAGGAACAUUUCGAGAGAAGGGUAUACCUUGUGAUGUCGUAUGGAUGGAUAUUGAUUACAUGGAUGGUUUUCGUUGUUUCACUUUUGACAAGGAGCGUUUUCCAGAUCCGAAAUCUUUGGUGAAGGGUCUAAACCAAAAUGGUUUCAAAGCAAUCUGGAUGCUUGACCCAGGGAUAAAACAGGAAGAUGGUUAUUUUGUCUAUGACAGUGGUUCUAAAAAUGAUGUCUGGAUUUUAAAAGCAGAUGGAAGACCAUUUGUUGGCAAGGUGUGGCCCGGGCCUUGUGUUUUUCCAGACUAUACACAGGCAAAAGUUCGAUCUUGGUGGUCCAAUUUAGUGAAAGAUUUCACUGUAAAUGGUGUUGACGGAAUAUGGAAUGAUAUGAAUGAACCGGCUGUUUUUAAGACUCUCACAAAAACAAUGCCUGAGAGCAAUAUUCAUAAAGGGGAUGAUGAACUUGGAGGUUGUCAAGUUCACUCACACUAUCACAAUGUCUAUGGCAUGCUGAUGGCAAGAUCAACUUUUGAAGGCAUGAAGCUGGGUAGUGAAAAAAAUCGUCCUUUUGUUCUCACCAGAGCUGGAUUUAUUGGUAGCCAAAGGUAUGCUGCAACUUGGACAGGAGAUAAUCUUUCAACCUGGGAGCACCUACAUAUGAGCAUUUCCAUGGUUCUUCAAUUGGGACUUAGUGGUCAGCCACUAUCAGGGCCUGAUAUAGGUGGCUUUGCUGGAAAUGCAACACCCAGGCUCUUUGGAAGGUGGAUGGGUAUAGGUUCUAUGUUUCCCUUUUGUCGUGGGCACUCUGAAAUCGACACCAUUGACCAUGAGCCGUGGUCAUUUGGGAAAGAGUGUGAAGAAGUAUGCCGUUUGGCAUUGAACAGACGCUACCGCCUUAUACCUCAUAUAUACUCUCUCUUCUAUAUGGCUCAUACGAUGGGCACUCCAGUGGCAAGUCCUACUUUUUUUGCUGAUCCCAAAGACCACAGCUUAAGGAAAUUGGAGAAUUCUUUUCUGUUGGGUCCACUUCUAGUCUAUUCCAGCACUUUGCCUGGUCAGGGGAUGGAUACUUUGCAGUGCACAUUGCCCAAAGGAAUUUGGUUGAGUUUUGAUUUUGAGGAUUCACAUCCUGAUUUACCAGCUUUAUAUUUGCAAGGAGGAACAAUUAUUCCUGUGGGUCCUCCUCAUCAGCAUGUUGGUGAAUCUAAUAUAUUUGAUGACUUGACACUUGUUGUUGCUUUGGAUGAACAUGGGAAAGCUAAAGGUGUUCUAUAUGAAGAUGAUGGUGAUGGAUAUGAAUUCAUGAAAGGUGGAUUCUUGUUGACACACUAUGUUGCUGAACUUCAAUCUUCUAUUGUUACUGUCAAAGUUUCAAAAACUGAAGGAUCUUGGAAGAGGCCACAACGUCGCCUGCAUGUGCAAUUAUUGCUUGGUGGAGGUGCAAUGGUUGAUACAUGGGGCAAAGAUGGAGAGGUUCUUCAAAUUUUAAUGCCUUCAGAACAGGAAGUUGUGAAGCUGGUUUCUACCAGUGAGAAGCAGUACAGAUCUCGUUUGGAAAAUGCCAAGGCUAUUCCAGACGUAGAAGUGACUUCUGCACACAAAGGAAUAGAACUCUCAAGGACUCCUGUUGAACUGAAAGGUGGUGAUUGGUUUGUUAAAGUAGUUCCCUGGAUUGGUGGUAGAAUAAUUUCCAUGAUGCACCUUCCUUCAGGGACACAGUGGCUUCACAGUAGGGUUGAGGUUAAUGGGUAUGAAGAGUAUAGUGGUACUGAGUACCGCUCUGCUGGAUGUACUGAGGAAUACAAUGUUACAGAGCGGAAUCUUGAGCAUGCUGGAGAGCAGGAAUGUCUUUUGUUAGAAGGUGAUAUUGGGGGUGGUUUGGUUCUCCAGCGACAGAUAUAUAUUGCAAAGAAUGAUCCCAAGGUUUUCCGAAUCGACUCUAGCAUUAUAGCACGCAAAGUUGGUGCUGGUUCUGGUGGAUUUUCAAGGCUGGUCUGCCUGAGAGUACAUCCAAUGUUCACCCUCUUGCACCCCACAGAAUCAUAUGUAUCAUUUACAGCCAUUGACGGGUCAAAGCAUGAAAUUUGGCCUGAAUCUGAGGAGCAGUUCUAUGAAGGGAAUUUAUUGCCUAAUGGUGAAUGGAUGCUGAUUGAUAAAUGUCUUGGGUUGGGGCUACUGAAUCGGUUUGAUGUUAGCCAGGUUUACAAAUGCCUAAUCCACUGGGGAACCGGUACUGUUAAUUUGGAGCUGUGGUCUGAGGAAAGGCCUGUUUCAAAGCAGUCGCCUCUCAGAGUCGCCCAUGAGUACGAGGUCAUCACAAUCCUGUAA